AUGGCAACGCUGAUCUUUGUUGAUCCAGAGAAUGGUGAAGUUGGUCCUACUAAGAAUCAGCAAAAAUUCCCUGCAGGAUCUUCAAAAGGCUUAUCUGAAAAAACACAGGUUAAUACACCACUUCCUAAAAAAUCAAUCAGUACCUCUCCAGUUGCAUCUCACUCUGUCAGAAAGGCUCUUGGGAAUGUGAAUAGAGCUAAAGGAGUCUCGAGCAAGAUGGAUAAGAUAAAGCAGAAAAAUCAGCCUUGCACUGCAAACAAAGCUGGAGUAGAAAAGUGCAGUUCAGUGGCUGAAGAACAUUGGCCAGAAAUAGAAAAUAUGUUUCCCUAUGAUCCUCGAGACUUUGAGACUUUUGAUCUUCCUGAGGAGCACAAAGUCAGCAAUAUCGACCUGUGUGGUGUUCCUCUCAUGGUGUUUGAAAGGACAUAUGACAAAUGUAUGAACAUGAUUCCAUCACCUGUGAAGAUUGAAGAGAUUUCAUGGGAAUCCAACUUGCUGCAAUCAACUACUGACUUCCUUGCUACCCUGGAUGAGAUAAUUGACAUGCCACCACCAAAUUAA